AUGAUGCAGCGAUGUCAAUAGGAAUAAUAUGAUGGGAUAGACACAUGGCACGUUUAUGAACAUUCUGCAGAAGUCGCCUAGACAGGGUUGAAAAAGGAUCAGUGAAAUUUAGUUACUAUCAUGUGCCUUAUUAUUAGGAGAGGACACCACGACAAAUGGGUCUGGAGAGUACAGUAUCAAGCACCCAAUUCCCUGGCUGUUCUUCCUCUUCCUACCGAUCAUUUGUAUCUACUGGUGUACGAGCAGGAUGAGGUGUACACUAUUCCCACCUCAUCAGACGAACUCAAGGUUGGGGGUCGACUACGGAUCAUAGAAAAGCCUCAUGGGGUAGUUUUGGAGUGGCGGUGCACAGAUGAUGAGGCUUCAACUGACAGUGAUUGGGCAGUGAUCAACUCUGCUGCAGUCACCUUCACACACCAUAAUAUAUCAGAUUCUGUUGAAAUUUCCACACCAAGGCGAAAUGUGCGUCCGAUUUCCAUAGAACUCAUUGACCUUCGGAGUUACCGGUUAGGGCAGGAUGGAUCGCUGGUGUUGAUUCAGCGGGAUGGAACCACUCACCCAGCAUUGGCUUUCCACUCUGGUUCAGUCCUGUGCUUUGUGGAGGUGUUACUCAGAUAUGUGGCUGUGAAAAAGUCUGAGAAAGACUGCAACUUGUAUUUGGUAAGUGACAAGAAGCAGGCAGCCCAGGAUGAAGAGCUGCUAGCCAUGAACCUUGUGCCGUCACGCCAAGGCCCGAGUGCAGCACGGGGAGCACACAGUUUUCCCACCACACACCAGCGGGUUUGGGGCUUCUUCAACAACUUCAAGCGUGACCCUUACACAACCACUGCUGGUGCUCUUUCUAAGUUCUACGAUGCUGUCUUGUAUACUGGAGUGGAGGAUUAUGUGAGAGACGCAGAGAGCAGAGAAGAUGAUGUAGCAGAAAUCUUUCACAGUCUUAAUGGCUUUGAAGAUCUUGAACCUGGGUAUGAGCUGUUGACCAAAAAGAGGUUCCUGAAUGAGAGGCCUGAGGUGGAACGGCUUUCCCCAAUGACUCAUGGUGAGUUCCAGGAGUAUGUAGACGAUGAUGGCAGAGUGCUAGAAGUGGACCAAAUGAAGCAGCGCAUCUUUAGAGGGGGAAUUCAUCCCAAUCUGAGGCGAGAGCUGUGGUGUUAUCUCUUGGGGCACUAUGUGUGGAACCAGACGUACGCCCAACGAGAAGAAAGGAAGCGGGAGCGGGAGAAUCUGUACUACAUUAUGAAGCAACAGUGGAAGACUAUCACUGAGGACCAGGAAAGUCGUUUUGGUGGCUUCAGAGACCGGAGAAGCCUCAUAGAAAAAGAUGUCAAUCGCACUGACCGCAACCAUCCAUUCUUCGAGGGUGAACACAACCCCAAUGUGACACUCCUACAUGACAUUCUCAUGACCUUUGUGAUGUACAACUUUGAUCUGGGAUAUGUGCAAGGGAUGAGUGAUCUUCUGGCCCCAAUCCUGUAUGUGACACAAGAUGAGGCCACAGCAUUUUGGUGCUUUGUUGGCUACAUGGACAUGGUGUACCGGAACUUUGACAUGGACCAGUCAGGGAUGAAGCAGCAAUUAAAGGACAUGCACCAGAUUGUCAGGCUAGUUGACCCAGAACUCAUGUCUUACCUGGAGGCACGGGACUCUGCCAACUUUUAUUUCUGCUUCCGCUGGCUCCUUGUUCGCUUCAAAAGGGAACUCAGCUAUGCUAACACACUCAGGUUAUGGGAGGUGCUGUGGACAGGUCAUCCCUGUCCCAACUUCCACCUACUUGUAGCUGUGGCUCUCCUGGAUACAGAGAAGGACACCAUCAUGGAGAACAAGUUUGGUUUCACAGAGAUCCUCAAGCACAUCAAUGACAUUUCCCUUCGCAUUGACAUUGAUGGCACUCUGAAGAAGGCUGAGGCAAUAUAUCUUCAAGUCCGGUCUUCACCUUGUGUGCCAGACUCAGUAAGGACAGUACUCAACCUUCCACCACAGGAACCUCAGCCUUCUCCCCCAUGGCCUCCCCAGAAUGAUGGUGGUGGAAUUACUGGUGGUGAUGGUGGAAGUAAGCCAGCCAGUAGCAAUGAAGAUGCAUCAGACACUGAUGGGGAUGUAGUGGAAGCCCUGAGCAGUCUGGGAAUUGUUGGUGUGGUAAGCAACAUGAUUGGCUCAGCUGUGCGGCACCUCAGUGGAGAUGAUGACAUGAUAGAUGCACAUCUAGAGGUUCCCCAACAAGAACGGCAACAAGAAGAGGAGAGGGAAGACUGCUUUGAAACAGCCCUCAGUCACCAAUUUGUAUAGUACUUAAGACUCCAGGUAACAUCAGUUCAGAAAUGAUGCAUUCUUUGUACAGAUAGAUAAUGAAUUAAUUAUUCCAGUUUAUAAUGAAACUUUUGUACAGGAUAUUGUAGUUUAUAUUACACUUUGUUCAGGUGCAUGGUGACCUGUCCUGUUGUGGUGAGGAGAGAUCAGUGUUACCAUCACCAUCAGUCAUAUUUUUUUAGUGUAAGAAAGAAGAGGUUUGAAACUCAAGGAUAUAAACUUUUAUGUAUUUUUUAUUGCAUCUUGAAAAUAAGUGUUCAUUUUGCAAAGUUCUUCCUGAUAUUAUUAUUAUUUCAGGCCAGGCAAUUAGUUCUGUUUUUGUACAACUAGAAAAACUGAGCCACUGACUAAACAUAUUACCAGUUGCUCAAAAAUAUUUUAUUUGUUGUCAAUAUCAGAUUAUAUUAGAACGCUUUGAUCUAAGAAUAUAUUUUGAAUGAUUUUAUUCUAAUGAAUUGCAUGAUGUAAGUGGAGUAGUGGACAUUUGCAAGACUAAGAGAGGGAAUGCCAUAUUGUGUCCUUUUUGGUGAAGCCACAGAGGCAUGGGUGCUCUAUUGACCUGCUUUAUUGUGCCACAUGUUAAAAGACUCUCCAAAAAACCUUUCUUAAGAAUAUGUUUGCAAUAUAAUUUAAUUGCAGCUUUGAUUUUUUUUUUUUCUAGAUGAUAUUGAACAAAGUAAUAGUUUCACUACAAGCUGCUAAACUUUAAUAGUGGCAUAUUUAUACUUGUCAGCACAUUGACAACAGAAGAUUGGCAUAUGAAAGUAAACUGUAAGGUUUAUACAUAUAGUACUGUAAUCUGAAGUAUUUGUUAAGAUGACAUAUUUACAGAUAGCACUAUAAAACUAUAUUUUUAUCAAAUAGCAUAUUAUACAUUCACUCUUGCUCAUGGAACAAAUUAAUUAGUGUAUUUUGGAGAUACCUCUGAGAGGGAAAUUAUUAGAUAUUUGAGUUUAAUAUUGACCUUCAUUUCACAUUCUUUUACUGACAUCAGAAUUUGACUAUCCCGUCCACUUGCAGAAUAAGGUGGAUGAAUCCUGGCAUACUCUGCUAUGGGUGAGGGGAAGGGACUUGAGACCAUAAUGUUGUCAGUUGCUCAAGAUUGCCUUUACAUUUUAAUCCUGUAAGGAUGCACAUUUGCUGCAAGAUCCCAAAUACACUAACUGAAUGUUGUUGGUAGAUAAAACUUGAGUGAAUGUAAAAGUUUAAUAUAUAUAUUAUUUUAUAUUUUGUACAUUUCUGUGAUACAUUAUUGGGGAAAGUGAUGAUUUUAUUUUAUUGGUAUUAUGGCAGUGUUGAUCAGCAUGUACCAUAGGUGGGUGUUAUCACAAUGAAUUAUCAUGAUAACGAUAUCAGAUUAUCAGUUUUCAGAUUAAAGAUAUCAGAUUAUCAGUUUUCAGAUAAAUAUUUUUCCUAUGUUAUUGAUUCAUCAGUAUUGCCAACACUUUUGAUUCCAAACUAGCGAUUAUCAAUAAUUUUAGUUUUUGUAACAUGAGCAUGUUGAAGAUUUUAACUUUUGAACAGUACUUAUCAUCAGCGAGGAGAGAAUAAAUAUUGAAUUGGAAGUUUUUUCAAUUUUUGUUUUCUAAGAUAAAGAUAAAUAUAAAGACUUGGGCUUCUCUAUUUUUUUCAUUUAUAAUAACAAUAUUGUUUUCACAAUUACCAAACUUGUGAAUUUAUCACAUUGGGUGGUAAAUUAAUUGCCAGUUAUUGAUUAUCAUUUAUCACAAGGUUAUUAUUAUCGAUUUAUCAGUUAUCUUGAUAUUUUUUUUUUGUUAUUGCACCCAGUUAUGGCAAAUACAAUGGUGUCAGUGUAUCAAGACUAACCCAUUCACUGUUAGGUGGAUAGAGAAGUCCCAUUGCAACAUUGUCACAAACCCUGUGAUGCAAGUCAUGAGAUUAGAGAAUCUCAAUGAACUAUGACCACAAGUAAGGCAUGGGAUGUGUGGGGGCUGCAACACAACCUGCAGUGACAAAGGUAAUGCCUGAUAAUAAUGACAUGGUAGGAAAUUCAAGCAUAAGAAUUCCUUAAAGUUACAUACUUUGUUUUCUUUGGAUAGCCAAUAACUUUUAUAUCAUUAUUUCUGUAGAUAUUAGAUUCCUUCUUAUCUAUUUAUAACAAACAUUGAGUGGAUUUUUAAAAUUGAGAGCAUUUCAGCUAGUGAAGUUACAGCAUUUGAACUUACAAAUUUCUUGCUUAUUUAUCCUAUUAAACUUUGUCUUAAUUUUAGAGUAUGAUUUAAAGAAAUUGUGGAAUACCACAAAGUUAAUGUUCUGUGUACUAAUUCAUAGAUUUAUUUUUUCCACAUUUGUCACUUAACUAAUACCAAAAAAUCCACCAUUCAUGAACACAUUAUAAAGGAUCUGAGAAGACAUGAAUUGAGAAAAUAAAUUACAAUUUGUAGAUUAUUGGCA